CUCAAAUUGCUCCUUUUGUAAUGACCACCCAGAAACAGUUGUGCAUCUUUUUUGGCAUUGUAUGCAUGUAAGAAAACUGUGGCAAGACAGCCAAAGAGCUAAUGCAAUUAAAGAACCAUAGAGAAAAGGAGAUGAUGAGCAAGCUUGACAGUUUUCUAAAGAAAGAUAAUCUAUCCGAAGAAGAGGAGUCUGCGUUCAGGUCUUUACAACUAGAAUUAGAACAGACUUACACGGAUCUGGCAAAGGGCGCCUUUGUAAGGUCAAGAGCCAAAUGGAUUGAAGAGGGGGAAAAAAACACUAGUUACUUUUUUGCACUUGAAAAGAGAAACAACAAAAGAAAAUCUAUAACUGCACUCAAAAUGUACAAUGUUUUAUGCAAAGAUCCCAUUACAAUAUCAUCAUUUGUCAAUUCCUUUUAUGAAAACCUUUACAACUCUCAAUUUCAGGAAGAUGGUUGUGAAAGUUACAUUUGCCACAUUCCGAAUUGUGUCCCUGUAAUUGAGGAUAAUUUCCACUCAGUUUGCGAUUCACCUGUGUCAAUUGGAGAAAUUAGAGAGGCUCUGAAUUCAAUGAAAAAAGGGAAAUCACCUGGCCCUGAUGGCCUGUCAGUUGAAUUCUAUAGACAGUUUUGGGAGUUACUAGAAGACCCGAUUUUCAAUAUGUUUCAAGAUUGCAUUAAAAAAGGGGAAAUGGUCUCCACUAUGAAACAGGGCCUUAUUUCACUGAUUCCGAAGCCUGAUAAAGACCCUUCUCUCAUUGACAAUUGGAGACCAAUUACUUUAUUAAAUACUGAUUACAAAUUGAUUGCUCUGCUUUAUGCCAAAAGAUUAAAGAAAGGAAUAGAUACCAUUAUAAAUAAGACUCAAACAGGAUUUAUGAAGGGCCGUCACAAGCUCUAACAUUCGUUUAGUCUUGGACCUUAUAGAUUAUUCAGAUGCAAUUGACUCAGAUGCGGUUGUCCUAUUUCUGGACUUCUGUAAAGCCUUUGACACAAUUGAACAUGAAUUUCUCUUUAGGUCUCUUAAACUUUUUGGAUUUGGUGAACAUUUUAUUAAAGUAAUUUGCAUGUUUUACAAAUAUAUAAAUAGUUCUGUGCUACUAAACCUUAAUACUUCCAAAAGAUUUAGUAUCAACAGAAGUGUUCGACAGGGAUGCCCAAUUUCGCCAUUUUUAUUCAUUUUGGUUGUGGAACUUCUAUCUCUAGAUAUUCUGAAUGAUGCAAAUUUGUAUGGCUUAACCAUUUUUAACAAAGAAAUCAAAAUUUCCCAACUGGCUGAUGAUACCACUCUUUUCUUAAGAGACAAAGACCAGGUCGCACAUGCCCUUAAUGCUGUAACUGCAUUUUCUAUUGCAUCAGGAUUAAAACUGAACGUUUCUAAAUGUGAAAUUGUAUGUUUAUUUGACUCUGAUGAUAAAGAAAUUGAAAAUAUUCCUGUAAAGGACUGUGUUAAAUAUUUAGGAAUACAUCUGUCAAAAAACCACUUAGUCAGACAACAUUUGAAUUUCUCUCCUAAAAUGAAGAGAACUAAAAAUAUAUUUAAUAAUUGGCUACAAAGAGAUCUUUCUAUACUUGGGAGAGUACUUCUGUCCAAGGCAGAGGGACUGUCUCGUUUUGUGUACCCCUCAUUAUCGUUAUGUGUAAAUCCAGCUACUUGUAAAGAGAUCAAGAAGACCUUUCUUGACUUCAUCUGGAAAAAUAAGCCUCACAAACUAAAAAAAAAGAGGUCCUUUCUAACCAAAGAGCUGAAGGCGGUCUAGAAGUGUUGGACUUUGUUGACAUAAAUAACACUUAAGAUAAACUAGUUGAAAAAAUGUUUGCUCGAUACUGAUUCAAUAUGGUAUUUCAUUCCAAAUAAUGUGUUUAAUAAAUUGGGAGGUCUUCAAUUUUUACUGAAAUGUAAUUACAUUCCUGAAAGAUUACCUGCUAAAUUGGCUAGGUUUCACCAACACGCUUUACUGGCCUGGAAAAUAUGUUUCCUGCACAAUUUUUCCCCUCAUAAAGCUCUUUUGUGGAAUAAUUCAGACAUAACUGUAAGGAAUAAGUCAUUGUUCUACCCCAGCUGGCAUGAGAGGAAUAUUGACUUUGUCCUUGAUAUUUUCGACAACAAGGGUAAAAUUCUCACAUAUGAACAAUUUAUAACAUUGAAAGAGUUUCCAAUACCUUUCAGAGAGUUUAUUUCUGUGAUCAAAGCCGUUCCCAGUGGUCUAACUACACUUAUGAAAAGUCAUCUUAAUUUUGGGAAUGAUCACAAAGUUUAUCCAGAAUUCAGAUUGGAAGGCGUGGGCUUACUUGAGAAAUCUUGUUGUAAUAAAUAUAUAAGACAAAUUCUUCAUUCACAAAACCAACUUACACCGAGAGGAAAGUAUUUCUGGAACAUGCUUAUUCCUGACAUUGUCUGGAAAAAUGCAUGGUUAAGACCCUGCAAAUACUGUAUACCAAACAAAGUUAAGGAUGUGCACUUCAACAUUUUGCAUAAGAUAUAUCCAUGUAAUUCUAUGAUGUCCAAAUUUGUGGCUAUUGAUGAUAUCUGCGUUUUCUGUGAAAAAAGGUGAGAAUCUGUCUCACUUGUUCUUUGAAUGUAAAUUUGUGUCCGAAUUUUGGGAAAACCUUGCAAAGUACUUAUUUACCAUUAUGAACACUGCCUAUAAUUUUAACAGAAAAUAUAUAAUGUUACUUAUUGCAAUGAUAACAAAACGACUGAAAUGAUUGUAAAAAAAUGUAUUCUUGUUGCCAAACACUUUAUACACAAACAAAAAUUCUACACCAAAAUGACCAAUUUUUCUGAUUGAAUUUAAUUAUCUUAUUAAAACACUAACCCUAGUGAAUAACAAAAAGAAUAACAUCUUCAUGAAUCAUUAUAACAAGAUAUUUUCGGAGUGAAUAUAAUUGCACUUAAAUGGUUUCUUUUUUGUAUUUUAUUUAUAUUUUUUGUAUGUUUGAGCAUUGUUAAUACCUGUGUUUGGUUUGCUAGACAUGUUUGAUGUAGCAAUGUAAGUUGACUUUUGUAUUAUGAAAAACAAAAAACAAAACCUGUUCAGCUUUGAUAUCAACAGUACAAUCUCUUUCUUCAAUCAGCUUGUUUCAGCUAAUCUUUUGCCGCAUAGUCUGCCCUAGCUGACGCUGUGCAGAGAAUACUACGAUUGGAAACGGUUGGUUAGACCCGUUCGCACUGCACAAGGUGAUUUGGAGAUUAGAAUGUCUGGUAGGCUCUUACAUUCUUUGGGGAGGUCCCAAAUGGCACCCUGUAGUGUAGUACUUUUGACCUGUGCCCAAUGGGCUCAGAUCAAAAUAAGUGCACAAGUCAAAGUAAGUGCGCUAUAUAGGGAAUGGCGUGCCAUUUGUCUGUGUGUGUGUGUGUGUUAGGAUAUGUUUUUUGCCAAUCAAUUGAUGAAAAUGUAUCCCUCAGAAAACAAGAUGUAUCGUAGUGAUGAGAGAAUCAAAAGAGCUUUAAGGCGCCGCCCUUAUGUGUUGAAUCCAGUGAGGGUGAACUCCCCUGAUUCUGUGAUGUGGCCAACCGGUAAGGUGCACAGAAGACCAAGGCCUUCUACUUCAGCGCAGACCCCUCAGAUCCACAAAAGGCCUCCAAUCAUUGAGAACUGUGGGCAGGAACAGACAUCUGGGGAUGGACGGGACAUGAAUCCAGAGUGUCUCAGCCAGUCUGGAAGGGUGACUCGGCUGAUGGAGAGAAAUUAUGAUGGGGUGAUCUCAUCCUCCAACUCUGAUGACAUCUCUAUCUACUCCUUCACUGACUGUGAAUCUGAGUCUGAUGAGGAUCAUGAAAGGAGGACACCACCGCUGAUAGUGAAGGAUAAGGAGGAUGGAAAGGUGACAAAGUUUGAAGUGAGGGAAAUGGUAGAGGACGACAAUCUGUCUCUCCACUCCUUGGAUGAUUCAGACUUUCUGAUUAUUGUGGCCAAGCCCAACAUCCUUCUCCCUCCCUCUGUGAGUGCCCUGAAGAAGGCAUCACGCCUGAUGGAGUUGGUCCCUACUGUCCGGCCCUGCAGGGAGCAGCUGGACAAGAAGACCACAUAUUUAGUCUUCUAUCAAAUUAUAGACAAGUUGACUAACAAAUAG